GUUGCGUUCCAGGGCGAGCUAUCGCGCAGCAGGCACAGCGCCCUACAACGCCCGGCCGUGCAAACUAACCUUCGGAUCAGAUGGAGACGCCGGCGGCGGACUCCUCCGGCGGCGACCGCUACAGGUCCCACCUGGCUGGCGAGGGCGAGAAGCACACCGUGUGGCGGCACGGCGCGCCGCCCUCGUACGACGCCGUGAACGCGCUCUUCGAGGCCGAGCGCACGCAGGAGUGGCCGGCGGGGUCGCUGGAGGAGAUCGUGCAGAACGCGAUCAAGACGUGGGAGAUGGAGCUGUCGCACAAGGCGCGGCUGUCGGACUUCAAGUCCGUGAGCCCCGGCAGGUUCAGGCUGUCCGUGAACGGCGGGCGGGCCCGGAGCGGGGAGGAGACGCUGGCCGUGGGCAGCUACAACGCGCUGCUGGACAGCCCGCUCCUGGCGCGCGCGGGCGCGUACGACGCCUCCGCCGAGACGUUCCGGUCCUCGCACGACCUGUUCCGCGCCGCGUUCCCGCGCGGCUUCGCGUGGGAGGUGCUCAAGGUCUACUCCGGCCCGCCGCUGCUCGCCUUCAAGUUCCGGCACUGGGGCCACAAGGAGGGGCCCUACAAGGGCCACGCCGCCACCGGCGACAAGGUCGAGUUCUUCGGCGUCGCCGUGCUUAAGGUGGACGAUGAGCUGCGGGCGGAAGACGUGGAGGUAUACUACGACCCGGGCGAGCUUUUGGGAGGCCUUCUCAAGGGGCCCAAGGUGGCUUCCUCCGAGGAGGACCGCCGCGAGGCCGCUGCCGUGUCGGCGUCAGGUGCUGUCCCGCCGCCGCUAGCUUGCCCCUUUCUCAACCCCGGGAAGCCACAGUGAUCAACCAGCACCCCCCAUUUAUGUAGCGGUUUGGUGAAUAAGUGAAAGCUUAAAUGACGGUGUUCCUGGUCGUCCAUGGACAUCACUGAGGGUACUUGUACCCCAUUGAUUAAUUGAUGUUUCAUGACCAGAAGAAAUUGUUCGCGUAAUAAUUGUGAGAUAUUCCUUCACCAAAAAAUAAUAAAAAAUAAAGCAACGCGUAAUUGUU